CCGGCCCGGCAUGGCUUCCCGGGAGCGCCUCUGCGAGCUCUGGAUGCUUUACUUCGCCAAGAAGGACGUGUCGUACCUGCAGCAGUGGCUGGAGAACUUCGUCAUGAGCUUCGAGAGGGUCAUCACCCUGCCCUCGCUGGAGCCCCGCAGGCCGGAGGAGGCGGUGUCGGAGAUCCCGGUGCUCCCUCGGGAAGUGCUCCAGGUGCUGAUCCAGAGGCUGGGCCAGAGCGUGGCCCUGAUCCCGCGGGAGGAGGGCGGGGGGGCCGGGCUGGGCCAGGCCCUGCUGCUCCUCAAGUUCUUCAGCAUCAUCUGCAGGAACCCGGAGAACAUCCAGGCGGACAAAACUCCGGCGUUCCUGGCCGAGGUGCUGAGGCUGCUGCGGGUCUGCGGGGACAAGGACCACAGCGGGAACGUCAUCGCCGUGGGAGCCACCCUGGCCCACGAGCUGGGGCACAACCUGGGCAUGAGCCACGACACCAGGGCCUGCGCGUGCGGGGACAGCGUCUGCAUCAUGACAGACACCGUCAGCUCCUUCAUUCCCAGGGAAUUCAGCUCCUGCAGCCUCCAGAGCUUUGAGACGUUCCUGUUGAACGACCUGCCCGAGUGCCUGACCGACAUUCCCGACGUGAGCAGCAUCGUCUCCCCCCCGGCCUGCGGGAACGGCUUCGUGGAGAGGGGAGAGGAGUGUGACUGUGGCACUCCGGAGGAGUGCACCAACGACUGCUGUGACCCCGAGACCUGCAAGCUGACCUCGGGCUCUGUCUGUGCCCACGGGGAGUGCUGUGAGAACUGCCAGUUUAAGAAGUCAGGAGCAGUUUGCAGGGCAGUGAAGGACGACUGUGACCUGGCCGAGAUGUGCUCCGGGAACUCUGCCAGCUGCCCCACGGAUCGAUUCCGGGUCAAUGGGCACCCCUGCAGCUUUGGAGAGGGGUAUUGUUACAUGGGCAAGUGCCCCACCAGGGACAGCCAGUGCAAGGCUGCCUUUGGACCACAGGCGACGGACGGUCCCUCCUCCUGUUACCGCCUGAACGAGCGGGGCGCGUACUACGGGUACUGCAGGAAGGAGCAGGGCACCCACCUCCCCUGCAAGGCAAAAGACAGACUGUGUGGGAAGCUGUUCUGCUCCGGAGGGAGGGAGAUGCCCCGGGAGGGGAGCUUGGUGACUGUUAAUUCCUGCAAAGCAAGUUUUCCUAAAAAUGGAGAUGAUGAGGACCUGGGGAUGAUUCUUGAUGGAACCAAGUGCGGGAAUGGGAUGGUGUGCAGCAACGGAGAGUGUGUCUAUACUGAGGAGGUCUUUAGAUCGACCAACUGCUCUGCCAAGUGUUCUGGACACGCUGUGUGUGACCACGAGCUGCAGUGCCAGUGUGAGGAAGGAUGGGGCCCACCCACCUGUGACAGCUCCUCAGCCUUCACCAGCAUUGCCAUCGUGGUUGGGGUGCUGGCUGUCCUGGCUGUCACAGCCACUGCAGCAGUGCUGCUCAUCCGCUUCCGAGUGGCCAAGGAGAGCCACCAGAACAGGAGUGGACCUGGAGCCACCAACCAAGUGUUUGUGGAUCAAGAGGAGAGGUGCAGAGAACCCCCAGGCCUGGCAGUGCCUGCCCAGAAGGUGGAUGGGAAGAAACUCCUGCUCCCUGUGCCUCCACCUCAGGAGAACAAACCCCAGCUCCAGACUCCUGCCUUGAGGCCUAAAGGUCCCCCACCUCCUGUUCCUUCCACCAAACCAGCCUCAUGUCACCCAGAGGAGAAGUUUGCACCAGAGAGGAAACCCCCUCACCUCCCAGUCCCCAAAGGCAAACCUCCAGCACAGGCUUUAAAACCCCCAAUGAAUCCCCGAGUCUGAAGUUUCUGACCCAGGGCUGGAUGGAGAUGUUUUCAGGGACAACUUGCUUGCCCCUCCAUUCCUCCACUUUUGGCAAAGGCAUCCAGGAUCAUCUUCCUCUUCUCCUUCCAACAAGAACAACGGACUGGCAGCUGCUUGGGAAGAAAAGGGUUGGACUCUGAGCAGGGAGGAACAUUUUGGUGAUGACACAGAGCUGCUGCCCAAGAGGAAACGAAGCAGAGUCACUCUUUGCACUGAGGUGUAGACUGGGAGUAAGUUCCCAAAGCUGCUGAACACAUCCCAGCUCCUGGGCCAGCACCCAAGGAGUGGCUGCACCCACACUGCUCCUCUGGGCACAGAGCCCAGGGGGUGAGGGAAUGUGAACUGUUACCUUGGUUUGGCUCCAUUUUGGGAUCUCUGCCAGCCCCUCUCCUUCCUCCACAACGCACCAGACCUUCUUCACACGUCAUCCUAAACUGCACAAGACACUCUUCAUCUGUGCCAAGGAAUCCUCUCAGCCCUCACGUGUCCCUCUCAGCAGCAAAAGCACAGGGAGUUCAAAGCAACAGGGAUUUGGGGAGUAAAUCAGUGCAAAGGAAGAACAAAUUUGAAGAACAAAUUUGCUCCUCCAGGGGUCUGGGAUGGAACCUGCAUUGCAGAAGUGUCAGUUCUGGAGAAAGACAAACCCUCCCUGACCCUUGGGGAGGAGUUGGUGUCCUCGAGGUCUGAACUAGGCAUGACCUGAGUGAGGUGACACACUGGAAACGGGUCUGGAAUGAUCCUUUGGGAUGGGAUUCUCUCAGUAACCCUGUUAAACAAGAUCCCUGUGGUGAGCAGGGAGAGCUGGAGAGACUCAGGAGCUCCAAGUGCUGCUCCAAGUGCUCCAGAGCUCCGGCUGUGCCAGUUCAUGGAGCUCCAGCUGCUCCACUGCCCUGGGACAGGGAAACCCAGCAAAGCAGCCCCACCAAACCCCUCCCUCAGUCCUUUCCCUGCCCCUCAGCUCCACCAACAUCCAAGGAUUCCUCCCUUCCAGGACUCCCCACCCUCCCUUUGGUGCUCCCUGAGCUCCCCCCGGGGAGUUGUUGUGGGGUCACUCCUGGGAACCAGGGGUUGGUUUUGGGGGAUGAGUUUUCCCACUCUGCUUCAUUCCCGAGGGUCCCUCAUCCCCCCCGCCCUGUUGGCAUCACUCUGGGCACGUUGCCCAGCUGGGAUGGCUCUGUUGGCACUGCUGUUAAUGGUGCUGUUGCCACUGGCACUGGGAGCAUCCCUGUGCUCGGCAUCCAGGGUUGGAAGGUCAAGCUCCCAGAAAUGUUUUUUUCAAGAGCAAAAAUUCUACCAGGGGAGAAGAAGAAAAAAAAAAAAAGAGAGAGAGAGAGAAAAUUAAGGAAAAAUAAAAGAGGGAGAAAGGAACUUGCCCUGGAUUCAAAGUACUCAAGAUUUUAUGGAGUUUCCAGCGAGAACUGGGUUUAGGUUUGGAGCAGGAGCAGAGUCAGAACAUGGAUCCAGCUGAUCACACUGUGACUCAGGAAGGUUGUUUCCAGCCCUUGGGCACAGUGGCUUCGCUGGAGAAGCCAAAUUCCCAAAUUUCUGCUGUUUCCAGUGACCCUCCCUGAGCUCUCACACUUCAGCCCCACCCUCUCUGAUCCAGAAUUCCAGAUAAAACUCCGAUUUCUCCUCUUGGGCUGGGCUUUGUCUGAGGUUCCCAACCCCUGCAAAACACGAGUGUGAUGGAAUUCCAGUCUGGUUGGAGGAGGGAGGUGGGAUUUUGGAUUAGGAUAAACGUUACUGGAAGAGCAGAGCUUUCUUCUGCUUUGGAUUAUUGCUGCUUUAUUUGAGUCAGGGAUGGAUUUGAACCCGUAUCUGUGUUUGACUGCGGUGUAAAGACUCAGAACUUAUUUUUUAUGAGCUGUAAUUAAUGUAUAU